UGGCAUGCGCGUUCGAGGAUGCUUCGAAAAUCGUGCUCGUGAGUGUUUUUAUGAAUUCAAGUGAAUUUUGAACUUUGUUUGUGUAACGUGAAAGUUGUGUCUGUUAAAUAUUAUCCAAAUUUCUUUAGUGAUUGUGUUUUUAAUUUGUCACGAUGAAUAAAACUUGUGCAAGGUGCGAAAAAACAGUUUAUCCAACGGAGGAAUUGAAAUGUUUAGACAAGGUCUGGCACAAAGGUUGUUUCAAAUGCCAAGAAUGCGGGAUGACACUCAACAUGAGGACGUACAAGGGCUACGGAAAGCUGCCGUACUGCGAAGCACACGUGCCAAAAGCGAAGCACACAACGAUGGCAGAAACGCCGGAACUGAAGCGGAUAGCUGAGAACACAAAAUUACAGAGCAACGUCAAGUACCACGCCGACUUCGAGAAGAGUAAGGGGAAGUUCACACAGGUAGCAGAUGAUCCAGAAACCCUCAGAAUCAAGGCGAACACAAAAAUAAUAAGCAAUGUCGCGUACCACGGGGAUUUGGAGAAAAAGGCACAGAUGGAGAAACAGAGGCAGAUAAACGAGAACGGAGAAAUCGUUGACGUAGCCACCAACGAUAACUACCACCAACAAAUAGAAAAUUACGCCACUGAAAUGCUACCUCCGAACUUACCACCGCCGAAUCUGCCACCGAAGAACCACUACCAGACACCCGUAGCGCAGUCUCAUCGUCAAUACCAACCGGAGUAUCGCCAAGACGAAUAUUAUUCGCAACCAAAAUACGAGAACUACCCGCAAAAUGCAAAUCAGUAUCACGGUAACCAGAAUUACGGUAACCAGAAGAUUGGUAGGAUUCAAGAUUAUGAUCCUCUAAGUGAUGGUCCGAGACAGCCUCCGAACACGCAGAGGGCGUCCGCUACUUUGAUUUAUAACAGUUCCAACGAAGGGAAGCGAGGUGCGCAUCAAGUUCUGCAACAGCAACAGCAACAGCAGCAACAGCAGAGCAGCCGACACAUCGGUCGCGUCACCGACCUCGACCCACUUGCCAACGAACAGCAGAACCAUCGCGCUUCCAACCACCACAAUCAGAGAGUUUACAUCGCCAUGUACGACUAUGAAGCGAACGACAGUGAUGAAGUAUCAUUCCGCGAAGGCGACUACAUAUCGAACGUGACCUCCAUCGACGAGGGCUGGAUGACGGGGCAGGUCCUCCGCACCGGCCGCACCGGCAUGCUGCCCGCCAACUACGUGGAGCUCGCCACCGACGCCCGUCCGCGCUGAGACCCGACCCGACACAUACAGCCACACGAGUCAUUCACGAUACACCACACCACACAAGUUACAAGAUACAAGUCACUAUAUUUCAUAUAAAAUAUACAAUGACAGACAGACACGAUAGUCUAUUCCGAUGGCAGGGGGAUUGAAGAUAAACAAAUAAAUUUGACCUUGAAUUGACAUGAUGUCGUUGGUCGAGAUCUAAUAUAAUCUAUGAUAUUCUUUAUGGAUCCGUAAACUGUUUGUAUUGCAUAAUAUAGAAGAUUAUUACGAAAUCGCAUGAAAUAUUUAAUUCUAAAGUUUGUUUAUCAUUACUCGUCCUGCCGUUGGAAUAAAUUAUACACAUGUGAUACACUGACAUACGCCAUUAAUACUAAUAAAAUGAACCUAUAUUAAAAUGCCACUAACACCAUUGAUAGACAAUAAACCGCUAUAGAAUAGUAUAUUACGAAACAUAUAAUAUUUAUUUAUAUAUAAUGCCACUGUCGUAUUCGACACUCGCCACAUAAUCAUACAUACUUAUUAUAUAUAUUAUAUAAAAUUUGUAACUUAUACAAGAAAUACGCUUUUUAAAUAAUGUACAUUGAAAAUUAUGUCAUUUUUGGCGCCUAAUUUUUCUUGAAUUAUUACUCGAUAAUAAUUUUUAAAUAUAUGAUUAAGAAGGCGCAAGAAGCAAAUUCCGUUUUUAAAAUUCCAUUGCACUGUACGUUCCAAAACUGCUCGUAUUUGUAAAUUAAAUUCAUUAAUUUAUGCGCUUCAUAGUAAACAGAUAAUGUAUGUUAUGUGUCCAAUAUUUAUAAUUGCAUUUUAAAAUCAUUCCAAAAAAAAUAAUAAAAAAAUA